CAUACCUGAUGAGACACCAAGUUGUUGGUAAAAGACCUAAAGGGUCAGGGUCCUCUGAUAAAAGGGUUGCCAUGGACUCCACCUAGCCCCCACAAUUUGUGCAGUGAUCAAUUCAUGACUUUAAAAAGCAAUCAAUUACCCACGCAAAGCUUUUCACUUUUGUGCCACUGGAAACCAAAAGAGAAACCUCCAUUGCUGCUUCAUGUCCUCUAGUCUCUUCAUAAGUCAUUCUCAGACAAAAUCCACCCUUCCCUCUUCAACUGGUUGUGAUCACACCCCAUCCAUUUUGUGAGCAAAAGAAAUGAAAUCAAUGAAGGGAAGAUUCCUAAAGAAAUUGAAUUUCAUUCCAAGUAUAAGCACACUGAAACAAGGUCUAGUUUCCCAUCUGAACUCCACAGAAAGUUUUUCCUAUCAGAACCUGCAGAUACCACCAAUUUACAUACAAGAGGAUCACAAAAAAGACAUUCUAGCUGGUAGUUUUGGUGUAUCAAAGCACAAAACAGAAUCAAAAGAUGAAGAACUGGAUUUGGAACUUAAUUUUGUCGACAAGGUGAACAUUGCAACCUCCGUAUUAUCCAAUGACAGAGUGCCUGCCAUGGAUAGUCCUGAGGCUGCAGUCUCAACGGAGAUCACCGUGGAGCAAGACACAGAAAAUGAAGCUGAGAAAGAGAUUGAAGAACAUCCAUCUCUUUCAGAUUUUGAAGAGAAAUGUCUUCCAGGAGGGAGCCAGUCUGUAAUUCUCUACACAACAGGCUUGCGAAGUAUAAGAAAGACAUUUGAGGAUUGUCAUGCUAUUCGGUUUUUGUUGGAAAGUUUGAAAGUACUGUUCUAUGAGAGAGAUGUUUCUUUGCACUUGGAAUUCAGGGAGGAACUAUGGAGGAUACUGGGUGGCAGAGUGAUUCCUCCAAGGCUUUUCAUCAAGGGAAGGUACAUAGGAGGAGCUGAUGAAGUGAUUGGCUUGCACGAGCAAGGUAGGCUGAAGAAGCUCUUGGCAGGUAUACCUCUCAACCUGUCUAAUUCCCCAUGCAAUGGUUGCGGCAACAAGCGAUUUGUUGUUUGCUCCAAUUGUAAUGGCAGUUGUAAGGUCUUUGAAGAUGAUCAGAAUGAUGAGAAGUGCAUUAGAUGCCCUGAAUGUAAUGAAAACGGAUUGGCUAAGUGCCCCAUCUGCAGCUGAAAGUCCAGCUAUUCUCCUGAAGCUCUUUGUUGAUUCUGUAAUGUUUUCCAUCUUCCCUAACUAUUUCUUCAGUUUAUAAUAUCAGACUAUCUUGUAACUUGUACAUUGCUUGGAUAGAACCCUGCUGCUUCAGUUGCAGCACAAGAUGCUAGGCCUAUAUAUAUGAGUGGAGGAGUUGAUGAAAUGUAACACCAAGUGUCCUGAGUGCUUGCGAUAGAGUAGUUAAAGCCCUUUCUGCUGUAGAAAAUCUUUUGUUAUUUCCUUGCUCACCCCCUUUUUUUUUUGUCUUGUUUUCCUAUCUUCUCUAACAUUUCUCUUCAUUUAAAUUUCAGUUGCAAUUUACAAGUCUUAAAGUGGAAACUUAUUGUGGUUAAGAAAAAACGGAAAUAUAUUGAUUGCAUUUGCAUUGGAUGUCCUGAGAGUAUAGAGAGAGAUAUGAAGUGACCCUUUGUUGCUGCAAAUCUGGCUGCCAUUUCUUUCUUAAAGUCAUUCUUGAUCCUUUUGUCGUAUGUAACUUCUGCUGCCUCUUCUUUGUUUCAUUUUUAUUUAUUUUUGUUACAGCAUGUUGUUUGUACAAUUGUUAGAAACAGAUGAUGCAUUAGGUUGCAAAGAUAGACCAAACUGCUAUUCUAAUUUUACAGGAUUCUCAAGUGAGGAUUCCUUUUUCUUCUCUCAAGGAACUGUAUUAUGAUCUGAUCAUGUAAGGUAAUGAUAAUUAGUGGAAUAUCAGACAUGUGGAAGCAUGAUAGAGCUUCAUAUUAGCAGGCA